UCUGUCACUCCUGUUAGUGGAGCAGCAGGGUAGGAAAGGGUUGUCGUUUUCUAAGCAGUGAAGUCAGUGUUUAGCUGCAUCUUUGUCAUGUCUGGAGUGUGGACUGUGCUGCUGCUCUGGGGCAUUGUCUUUGUCCCGGCUCUGUCGCAUGGAGCUCUGGUCAUCUCACGAGAAGACUCCACACCACAGCACUCUGAUGGUGCUACAAGGCUACUAAAGAAAAGAAGUACAGAUAAUAUGGAGGUGGAGGUGUACAGUGUAAAGGUGGCCUGUAAGGUGGCGUCUCGUUUCGCUCACACGGUCAUAACCUCCAGUGCUCUGAACAAGGCCAACUCCUCUCAGGAAGUAUUCUUUGAGGUGGAUCUGCCCAAGACUGCCUUCAUCACCAACUUCAGCAUGGAGAUAGAGGGUCAGAUGUACACGGGCGAGGUGAAGGAGAAGGAGAAAGCCAAGAAGCAGUAUCAGAAAGCUGUUUCCACGGGGCAGACUGCAGGACUGGUCAAGGCAUCAGGGAGGAAGAUGGAGAAGUUUUCGGUGUCUGUGAACAUCGCGGCCAAUAGUAACGUCACCUUCAUUCUGACAUACGAGGAGUUGCUUCAGCGUAAACUGGGCCAGUAUGAGAUCAUGACCCAGGUCAAACCCAAGCAGCUGGUCCAGCACUUUGAGAUUGUGGCAGAUAUCUAUGAACCCCAGGGCAUUGCCUUCCUGGAUGCCUAUGGAACUUUCAUCUCCAAUGAGCUUCUCCCUCUGGUGGAGAAAACAGUCACUGACAAAAAGGCACACAUCUCUUUCUGCCCAACAAUGGACCAGCAGAGAAAGUGCCCAGGUUGUGAUGGCACCCUAAUUGACGGGGAUUUCGUGAUCAAAUAUGACGUGAACCGAGCUGAGACCCUUGGUGACAUCCAGAUAGUGAAUGGAUACUUUGUGCACUUCUUUGCUCCUCCGGACUUACACAGAGUUCCAAAGAAUGUAGUGUUCGUCAUUGACAGGAGUGGGUCAAUGUCUGGAAACAAAAUGCGUCAGACAAGGGAAGCUAUGCUGACUAUCCUGAAUGACCUGCAUGAGGACGACUACUUUGGAAUUGUCACAUUCGACCACCAUAUCUCAACAUGGAAGGAAUCUUUGACCAAGGCCACCACGGGAAAUGUGUCUGAAGCCAAAGGAUUUGUCAAAAGAAUACAGCAGAGUGGAUACACUGAUAUAAAUGGUGCUCUGAUGAAAGCUGUGGACAUAAUGAUAAAAGACAAACAAACCAAGAAGUUCGCCGAGAGGAGUGUGUCUAUGAUUAUCUUACUGACAGAUGGAAUGCCAAACUCAGGAGUGUCAUCUACACCACAGAUUCAGGAGAAUGUCCGUCUUGCUAUGGGUGGGAACAUGUCUCUGUUCUGUCUGGGCUUUGGGAAUGAUGUGGACUACUCCUUUCUGGAUGUGAUGUCUAGACAGAACCAGGGACUGGCCCGGAGGAUCUACGAGGGUUCUGACGCCACUGUCCAGCUUCAGGGUUUCUAUGAGGAAGUAGAGCCCCUCCUCUCUGAGGUGGACCUGCAUUACCCUGACAACCUGGUGAACUCUCUGACCACCAGCCACUACAAGCAGCUGUUCAACGGCUCAGAGAUCGUGGUAGCUGGCCGGCUCACUGAUAAUAGCUUGGAUAACUUCCUCGUGGAGGUGUUUGCAAAGGGGUUUGAGGAGGACUUUAUUGUCAAAGGCCAGGCUAGUGCCCAAGAGUGGGACAUACUGUACCCUGAGCAGGAGUACAUAUUUGGGGACUUCACUGAGCGACUUUGGGCCUACCUCACCAUCCAACAACUGUUGAGCAAGAAAGAGACUGGAACUGCAGAGGAGAAGGGGAAUGCCACUGCCCAGGCUCUGGAGAUGUCCCUGCAGUACAGCUUUGUCACCCCUCUUACCUCCAUGGUGGUCACCAAGCCUAAGACUGAAGAGGAGCAAGAGGAACCCCUCAUCGCGGACAAGCUGACCGAGGAUGAAAGGCGACAAGCCCAGAGAUUGGGUCAUUUUGUACCCCAGACGGUGAGCAACACCUACAGUGUGCAGAGCAGGCCCACAUACUUUGUGGAUGGGGACCCUCAUUUCAUGAUUGAGUUGCCAGAGCAGGAGGAUGCACUGUGCUUCAACAUAGACGACAGGCCUGGUACCAUCUUCAAUCUAGUGAGAGAUCAGCUGGCAGGUGUUUUGGUCAACGGCCAGACCAUUGGGGACAAGAAGGUGGCCCCUGAUGGCAAAGUGAACACCUACUUUGGUCGCUUUGGCAUUGUUCACCAGGGGCUGGGGGUGAGACUGGAGGUGACUACUCAGGACAUCACUGUGUCCCAGAAUGGCAUGCAGUCCAAACUCUUCUGGUCUGACACCGCCUCUCUCAAGGGAGCCAAUUUAGACCUGCAGGUGACCAAAGACCGCAGCUUGACUGUCACCCUCAGGGACUCGGUCCGGUUUGUGGUCAUCCUACACAAGGUGUGGAAACAGCACCCCUACCACCAGGACUAUCUGGGCUUCUAUACCCUGGACAGCCACCUCCUCUCCCCCAGCGUCCAUGGCCUGCUAGGUCAGUUUUACCAUGGGGUGCAGUUUGAGGUGAGAGACAUGCGCCCAGGGGAGGAGCCAGAGAAACCAGAUGCCACCAUGUUAGUGAAGGGGCAGGAGCUUACAGUGACAAGGGGCUGGCAGAGGGACUUCAGCUGGGAUGUGAAGAAUGGAGAGAACGUCCCCUGCUGGUUCAUCCAUAGCAACGGCAACGGCCUCAUCGAUGGAAACCACACAGACUACAUCAUGUCUGGACUCUUCAAGACCGUCUGAGUCUGGUACACUAGCAGUCAACCUCCUCAAACAGUACAUACCAUAAAUUAGUCACACGUUUCACAUGGAUUCAACACACUGUAUGUGCUAUAGACAUACCAUCAUGACAUGAGAAUCAUUCAUAGAUAAUGUAAGAUAAGACCGAAGUACAUUUGAUUAAAAGAUAAGUGGCAGGAUAGAGAACUGCUGUCAAAUACAUUCAAUGUUUUCAUAUUGAUAUGGGAUAGUGCUGACAAAAACCUGUUGAAAUAAAUGUUCCCACUUCCACCUAA